UCGCAGCCCCUCCCGCGCCUCUCAAAGCUGAUUUAAUAAACCUUAACCUCCUUCGUAGUUCCUACUACUUGGAAAGCAUUGCUGGUCCUGCGCCUCCGCGGGCGGCCGGCAUUUCGCAAGAAUUGAUGGGGUGCAAGUCGUGCCAGAAGCCCAAGGCUCAGCACCGGAAGGGGCUGUGGUCGCCGGAGGAGGACCAGAAGCUCCGUGACUUCAUCGUCCGUUACGGCCACAGCUGCUGGAGCACCGUCCCCGUCAAGGCCGGGCUUCAGCGGAACGGGAAGAGCUGCAGGCUGCGAUGGAUCAACUACCUGAGGCCGGGGUUGAAGCACGGCAUGUUCUCCCGGGCGGAAGAGGAGACUGUCAUGAGCCUCCACGCCACACUCGGCAACAAGUGGUCUCAGAUAGCGCAGCACCUGCCGGGCCGGACCGACAACGAGGUGAAGAACUACUGGAACUCGUACCUGAAGAAGCGCGUCGAGGGCGCGCGGUCACCAGCCAAGUCCGCCGGUUCGGACGCGCCGCGGAGCCCGACGCCCAGCGACAGCGCCCGCGAACGCAGCACUGUUAACCAGCCGUCCAUCUCCGGCUCAUCCGGGCCGCUGGAGUCGUCGUCGAUGGCCGACGACUCGAGCAACCUCACAGUCCCCGGCGUUGUAGCCUCGAUCCGGCCGCACACGCCCGUGCUCCCCAAGGUCAUGUUCGCGGACUGGCUCGACAUGGACAUGGACAUGGACUACGGCACCGGCCUGAUGGCACCUAGCGCACUGGACGCGGCCUUCGACGGAAGCCCGGCGCAGCAGGGCGUGAGCCACCAGGGGGGCGUGCAGGUGGAUGGCAUGUGCGGCGCCGUGGACUCGUUGCAUGGGCUUGGCAACGAGGGCAUCUGUUGGGAGUUCGACGCCGGUCAGAUCCACAUGCAGGGAGGAGCAGGCUUCUGCGACCUGCUCUCCGUGAGCGAGUUCCUCGGGAUCAACUAGGCGACCCCUCCGAAAAAUAGAGAAUAUGCAUCGAGGUCUUUGGGCGAUUCCUCCCGAACAUGGCAAUGGAGCGCCGCCGUCGUUGCCUCUCCAUCGCGGGACCAUCCAGUCAUUGUUGGUCACUGACAAGAAGUUCUCAAGGCCACGAUUCAGUCGGACCAGCGCCCUGGAGAAGAAAUAGUUGAACUCGUUGUUUCCAAAAGACACACAUAUAACAUAUCCAUGGUCUCAACCUUAAAAAAUGAUGGGCAUAUCUGACGAACGUUCGCCACAAGACAUGACAUUUGUGAACGUCAUCAGACGGUUUACAUAGCAUUUCGAGAACCGGUGGCCUUUUUGUAAAACGGCCAUGGGCUUUGUUUAAUUUUAAGUGUA